AUGGAGCCGUAUCCUCUUUCGAAGCUGAAUCCUGAUACCAGCGAGUGGCGUAUUCGCGCAAAGGUUCUUGCUAUUUGGCAAGAGUACUACGAUCAUUAUUCGACGGUUGACGUCGUGUUGGUCGAUGAUAAGGGUGGGAAAAUCCAUGGUAUCAUACCUAUGGAGCUUAUGCCACAGUUUUCAUCGAGAAUCGUUGAGAACCGAUGGAUAGUGAUAACAGAUUUUAUUUUGAGACCUGUCGUGGAUGCGUUGAAGCCUGUUGCUCAUAGAUUUGAGCUGGUAUUUCAUAAAAAAACAUUAUGCGAUACUCUGCAGGAGAGAUCGGGUGAUGGUUUCUAUGAUUUCGUGGAUUUUGGGAGAAUCCUAAAUGGGGCGCAUGAUACGUCCAUUUGUGUUGAUAUCAUCGGAAAGGCCAUUAACGUUAGUAAAAUAACCUCUUUUGGUUGUCACGUGUAUGAGGAUCAGGUGGAACAUAUAGUCUUUGAUCUCCAGGAUACAAGUGAAAGAGUUUUGAGAUGUGUUUUAAGCAUUACGGAUGCUUUACCUCUUUAUCGUUUGUGGAUGACUGAUCCGUCCGAUGUUAUCAUAUGUGUACUGCGAUUUGUCCGUGUCGAGUUUAGGGAAGGCAUGUGGAUAUGCUCAGGGGUGCGCUGUUCGAAACUGCUGUUGAAUCCUUCGAUACCGGAUCUUCUCGAUCAAGCACGGUCCGAUUGCGAAAAAACAGAAGAUUAA